AUGUCAUCCAACCGGAUUACCCAGUCAGGUCAAUACGGCCCGUCCUUGGACAACCAACAUGAGCUGUCCCACAUUGAAAGCUACAAUGAGGGACAGACCUAUGACAACUUCGCAUUCGUAAGUGGCUCCUCGGGUGAUCAGAAGAACACGCUGACCAUGACAAGGNACAACUCAGGAUGGCCAGACGGCAGCAGCCUUGGUACAUACGACAACGCCAACUACGGUUAUCAAGAUGUCGGUUUCAGUACUCCAGCCUCCCGUCCCGACACUGGAAGCAAUGGCAGCAGAAAGACGCGAAGUGGGCGAGCGACCAAACUCAUGGACUCGCCAAUGAGUUCAUCGCGCUCCACACCCGCAGCCAGCAGUCCUCAUAUCGUCGGAGUGAGAAAGAACAGAGCCAAGAAAGUGCAGGAAGCAGAUGUCAUCCUUCAAGCACCCUUGAGUGUCUUGACCAAGGACUCGGAGACACCUUUGAGAAAUAUGGAGGCAUGGGCCAACAGAUCGGUGGAAGAGAGGCGUGCGGAGGUGACCAAAGCCAACAAGAUCGCAAGACCUAUGAACAGGUUCAUGCUAUACCGUUCCGCAUACGCUGAGCGUACCAAGAAAUGGUGCGAUCAGAACAACCACCAGAUCGUGUCGAAGGUUACUGGCCAAAGCUGGAAGAAGCUGGAGCCGAAAGAGAUCAAGGACUACUAUGACCGCCUGGCGACAAUAGAAAGAGAGAACCACCAGAGAGCCUUCCCAGAGUACAAGUUCUCACCUGCAAAGGCCAUACCCAAGAAGAAGAACCCGAAGCGUAUCCUGGACUACCCCGAAAGCGCAUACAGCCACUUUAGCGAUCCGGAAGGAGACCCUGAUGGCGAGUACCGACCAGGACGACAAGCCAGACAGCCAAAGCAGCCUCCCAGAAUGACGAAUCCUUAUGCCGACAACUACUCGUACGCAGAUGCGAAGUACCAGGUUGCGGAUGCUGGAAGAAGCUCUGCAUCAUACCAGCAAAUGUUGCCAUAUGCAGCCAGUCAGGCACAGACGUACCACAACCACAACCAGCCGUAUGCUUAUGCGGUUGCCAACGGUCACGGUCAGUACGCACUUUACCAGCAACAAAGCGGAGGGCAGCAGGUGCACGACAACCGGAUGGCAAUGAACGGAACACCAGCAUCGAUCGGAUCCAGUGGAGCAUUGGUGUCGUUACCUGGCGGGCAGCACCACGAGCUGUUGCAGUCCAGGGGCCCAACACCAGUUUCGUCUUACCAACAGCGGCAGCAUGGGGGCAACUUCAUGGACCACAACGGACUACUGCUGCACUCCGACCACACAAACUACAGCUUGGCACACGAGGUUCCAGGCUUCGACGCCAACUUCCAGGAUGCCAUGCACGGCGGGUUCGACAUGAGUGGUGGACAGGUGGCUACCGAGGGGACUGUAAGUGAUGAAUUUCUCGUGGACCCACAGCUGGGAGGGAUGCUCGACGAUUCGCCGUACCAGCAGUUCCUUGAGCGAUAG